AUAUAUUCACAGCUAGUGUGUUGCUAUGGUACGAAAGCCACGGCCACCACCUCCAACAAGCCGCAUAAUUUGCUUCGUGUUUAUUCAUCGGGGGAAAAACUAAAACAUCCAGUGCCGCUAUGUUUGUCCUCUCGUCCCCCGCUGCAGUGCAUCUGUUGUAACUUGAGCAUCUACUACACGAUCCGAAUAGACAAAAAAGAACUUCAAACAAGCUGAAAGUAAGCACAUUCCCAACCACCUGUUGCGCGAACAAACUUUAAUGCUAGAACUUCAUUUUUUUCCGAUCAAACAAAAAAAACGUAGCGAGAGAGCACCAGAGAACGAAUGAGCUUGUGACUAUGUAAUUCAGCCCUUGGCGUCGCGCCUCUGAUCUACUACUGCAACGAUUUUUUUUUGAGAAUAUGACGCUGUGAGACCCAGAAAUCAAUGGAUUCCGCUCGGGAAACGUCGUUUAAGGUUUCCCGGAAAACCUUCGGCUUAGGUCGUGCUAAAGUGUGUCGCAAUGCAACCGAAAAGGCGGCGCGCGCAUGGACUCCGCUGCUGUUUGUGUACACAACCGCGCCGCGUCUGUGUUGGCGUCUCGUGUGCUUAAAUCGCCACAGUCUGCUGCGGAUUGCGAGCAACCUGGCGGCCCCGGCAAACCGGCGCACAUUUUCCACGGAGGAUUCCGGAGGGGAUUCCGGAAGCCCCUCCGGAAUCCUCUGGCCCAAGUUGAGCCGUCUUUCGCGCCCUUUUCCCGACGGCACGCCCUCGAUUUCGGGAGAGGAUUCCACAGAGGAUGCCGGAGAGGAUUCCAAAAUCCUCUCCGGAAUCCUCUGGCCCAAGUUGAGCCGUGUUUCGCGCCCUUUGUUUCCCCGACGGCACUGCCUCGAUUUCGGGGGAGGAUUCCACAGAGGAUUCCGGAGAGGAUUCCAAAAUCCUCUCCGGAAUCCCCUGGCCCAAGUUGGCCCGUCUUUGGCGCCCUUUCCCCGACGGCACUCCCUCGAUUUCGGGGGAGGAUUCCACCGAGGAUUCCGGAGAGUGAUUCCAAAAUCCUCUCCGGAAUCCUCUGGCCCAAGUUGAGCCGUCUUUCGCGCCCUUUUCCCGACGGCACGACCUCGAUUUCGGGGGAGGAUUCCACAGAGGAUUCCGGAGAGGAUUCCAAAAUCCUCUCCGGAAUCCUCUGGCCCAAGUUGAGCCGUGUUUCGCGCCCUUUCCUCGCCGGAAUCCUCUGGCCCAAGUCGAGCCGUCUUUGGCGCCCUUUCCCCGACGGCACGGCCUCGAUUUCGGGGGAGGAUUCCGCAGAGGAUUCCGGAGAGGAUUCCCAAAUCCUCUCCGGAAUCCUCUGGCCCAAGUUGAGCCGUCUUUGGCGCCCUUUCCCCGACGGCACGACCUCGAUUUCGGAGGAGGAUUCCACAGAGGAUUCCGGAGAGGAUUCCGAAAUCCUCUCCGGAAUCCACUGACCGGAUUGGCGCCGUCCUUCGCGGUCUUUCCCCGGCGGCACAACGUCGAUUUCGGGAGGGGAUUCCGGAGAGGAUUCCUCCGGAGCCCGUUCUCCCGUGGUACGCACUACCCCAGCCGGGAGGAUUUCCCCGGGGAAAGGGCGGACCCCCCGAAGCGAGGGCGGACCCCCCGGGGGCGAGGGUGGAUCCCCCGGGCGAAGGCGGAUCCCCGGGAAGCGGGCGGAUCCUCGGGGCGCGGGCGGAUCCCCGGGAAGCGGGCGGACCCCCGGGGAACGGGCGGAUCCCCGAGUAACGGGCGGAUCCCCUUGGCGAAGGCGGAUCCCCCGGGCGAAGGCGGAUCCCCGGGAAGCGGGCGGAUCCUCGGGGCGCGGGCGGAUCCCCGGGGAACGGGCGGAUCCCCGGGGAGCCGGGCGGAUCCCCGAGUAACGGGCGGAUCCCCUGGGCGAAGGCGGAUCCUCGGGGAGCGGGCGGAUCCCCUGGGGGAAGGCGGAUCCCCGGGGAGCGGGCGGAUCCCCGGGGAAUGGGCGGAGGGAUUCCCUGCGCGAAGGCGACUCCCCGGGGAGCGGGCGGAUCCCCUGCGCGAACCCGGAUCCCCGGGGAAUGGGCGGGCUCCUGGGCGAAGGCGGAUCCCCGAGUAGCGGGCCGGCGGAUCCCCUGGGCGAAGGCGGAUCCCCGGGGAACGGGCGGGUCCCCGGGGAGCGGGCGGAUCCCCUGGGCGAAGGCGGAUCCCCUGGGGGAAGGCGGAUCCCCGGGGAGCGGGCGGAUCCCCUGGGGGAAGGCGGAUCCCCGGGGAGCGGGCGGAUCCCCUGGGGGAAGGCGGAUCCCCGGGAAGCGGGCGGAUCCCCUGGGCGAAGGCGGAUCCCCGGGGAGCGGGCGGAUCCCCUGGGCGAAGGCGGAUCCCCGGGCAACGGGCGGAUCCCCGGGGAACGGGCGGAUCCCCCAAAAAAACACACAAAUCGAAAUCACGACGGUAUGCUUAUUUUUUUCCCGUCAUUCGAAACACAAAAAAACCACGCUGCCGUCGUGUUUCGCUGGUUUGGGUCUCACAGCCUCAGGGUCUCUUUUUUUUUUGCGUGUCUAAGCCGUCAUGCCCGAAAGAACUUACGCGGACGACAGGAAAAUAAAGAGAUGAGAGUUGUUUUCUCCAGGAGCUCCACUACCUCUUUGGUCCCGCAUCUGCCUCUGCGAGAAGUACUAGUGGAUGAAAACCAAAAAGAUUACCGGGUUUUUUCGUUUGCAACCGCGACUGGUGCCGCGUGCUACUUUCACAAGUUGUCUUUUUGGCUGCAUCUCCUCUUGAUGCAAGCAGAAGACGACACGACUUCUUUUCAACUACCAUGUGAUGAACAAAAAUGUUCAAGAGCGUCGCUACGACGGCGGUGCGAGGCGGAGCAAAAAUUAUAAACGUCGGAGCAUCUGCUGCGUCGUCCACGUCCUGCAGCUCCGUGGGUGCAUUACUAGCUGCAAGAAGACGGAAAAUAUUGUGGUCUACUUCUAGCAGAAGGCCAGCCGCAGCCGCGCACGUUGUCCCGCAGCAUCCUCGGUAUUUGUCGACGGUGCAAAGUACUAAAAUCAUGUGUGCUAAAACGACUACGGGUUCUUCGUCCUCAUCGAGUGGCGGAGCAAGAAAAAACGGACCUUCAUCUUCCAACUCUCCGGCGUGGGACGACCUAAGCAACAAGCAGAACACUAAUUCUAGUCCGACCAGCACCGAAAUGGAAAACAUACCGUCUACUGCAUCGCCUCCGCCAGCUGCAGCGACUUCAUCUCCAACGACAGCCGACGGUACGCUUACAGUCGACGUAUUGACAGCAAAUAAUCCUGUAGCUCAUGAGGACCAACCACCGCCACCGCCCAAACCGCCACCGCCCCCGUUGCCCCCCUUCGCGGAUGAAGAGUUUACUAUCACCCGCACCUUGAGCCAACAGGAAGAGGAAUCCCGGUUAGCUUUCCAACGGAUGCUAUCAAAUGUAAAAAUGUCUGGGUCUGGAAAAGUGGAACUUGUAAUGCGUGUCAUGCAUUCCUUGAAAAUCUGUGUUGCAUGAGCAGCAAAACAGAGGCUUUCUUUGUCAUGCAAAAACGCAAUUUGUAAUGCGUGCUAGGCAUCAGCAGGCCUCUCAAAAACUUGUCAUGCUUGGCUGCCAUUGGAAGCGCUUCAAUCAUGCGCAGUUUAGCAUCACAAGUUUCCAGACCCAGACAUUUUUACAUUUGAUAGAUGCGCCGGUUGUGCAAGUUUGAUCACAGUGAAGAAGCGUUCUUGACGAGAUCGUAUGCAUUGCAAAAGUAAAAGUAUCGCACUCGUAGAAAUGCAUUACAAAUUUCCUCAGCAUGAGAAAUAUUAAAAUUUGUGAUGCAGAUUUACCCUAAGAAGAAAAUUUGUAAUGCAUGACUGCGAUACUAACUUUUGCAAUGCAUAAAUCGGAGUUUAAACGCCUGAUUGAUCCGAAAUUCGGGUUGGUGCAGGUGGAGCUAAAUGAAUCAGAACUGAACCGGAUCGUGGGGAAAUUUGGGAUGGACGAAGCAAGUAGUUAUCCUCCUCCUGCUCCCGCUGGUAGAAGCGGAACCAGCGACCACGCUGACGAGCCGAAAAUCUACAUGGAUUCGUUCUGCAGGGCUGUCGAAACGACCCCGUACUUGAGGAUGUUGGUUCACGAAAUUGUUUACCACACAACCUUGUUUGACAAGGAACAUUAUCAAAGCGAGACCAGCAGCUGCAGCAGGGGCAGUUCUGGAAGAUCCUCGGAAACAGUGUCAGAAACUAAUGAAGGCCCACACAGCAACAUAGCUGAUCAUGCUCAGCAUGAUCAGCUAUGUUCUGGUGCGGGCCAAGAUCAUCCCGGCCUCUCCCCACCGCCCGCGCCAGAACAUGAAAUCCUCGACCACCUCCCUACUUCAGCUUCCCACGACGCGCCGAGUAGAAGUGUGAGCAAAGACGCACCGACAGCGACGACGAUAGCCUUGGACCACCAGCCGUUUGAUUCCGACACGGACGAUUUUUCAAUUUGCAACAGCUCGGUGCAUGAGGACGAAGACAGCGGCGCUGCAGCUAGUACCGGCACUACAAUGAUGCAGCAGUUUGAUCAACGAAGCCAUAAUAACCUCCUGCUGCACGACAACGAGGAUUUUGCAGGCGACCUCCCUGGGAGGAGAAGCAGUGCGGAUGAUCAUCCUCUCGACACUUCACACUAUGAAGUUCUUGUAGAUGACGACCUUCUCGGAAGCACCGCAAGCAAGAUGCGGCCGUCGUUUGCCCGAACCAUAUCCAGGAAAAAGCACUCAUCCCCAUCCAUUUUUUGCAUGACAAACAAAAGGGCUUAUGCAUGUUUUGCAUGACAAAUUGGAUGGGGAUGGGUGUUUUUUCCUGGAUAAACCAUCUCGAAAAACGACUACACAAUUCCGGAGAAUUACGACUUCAGCAAAUCAACCGAGGAAAACUACUCGGUGCCGCAUGACAGCGACAAUGUUCCUCCAGGAGGGAAUAAAACAAAUACAAACAAAUUUGUCGGACCGUUCAAACAGAUUCGGCAAACGCUAAUGGACUACAGUUACCAUGGCGCUUACUGCGAAUCGAGACAGCACUGGCAGGACAACUGCAUCCGGAAAUCUGUGUUGCUGAACAGCAACAGCAAUGGACUGCUGUACUACGGAACAACAGACAACAGCAUGACAAAUUCCGCUUCUGGUGGUUCAUCUGCAGGAGUCGUGACUACACCAACUGCAUCAAACACAAAUCCCCAACAGCAUUUCUCGCCGGUGUUACUCCGAAAACGUUCUACCUCCCCGACUUACCAGAGUAACCGUCCCUGGCUCAUCCUAACGUGCGGGUCGAUGGGGAGCGGGAUAUGGCGUUCUCAACGUAUUACAUUCUCAACUGUUACAUGGAUUUGUGACGCAAGAAUGGGAAAAGUGAAAUGGGGGAGAUUACGCCUGCAGCAUUACAAAUCCCGCACAGAUUUAGGUGCUGUCUAGCCCUAGGCAAAUUUGUCAUGCGAAGCAGCUUGAUCGCGCGGAUGAUGAUGGUGCUUUUGCAUGACAAAUUCAUGUAAAAGUCGAGAGUGUAACGUUUGAGAGCUCCAUACGGGAAGGGGUGGGUCUUGGGCUGGAUGAGUAGCAAAAACAUCCUGCCACUGGUAUGCAAUGCAAAAGUAUCGUUCUCCUACUCGUCGUAUAAAUGCAUUACAAAUUUCCUCAGUAUGUAUGAGAAAUGAAAUUUGUAAUGCUAAUUUGCCUUAAGAACAGGAUUUGUAAUGCAUGAUUUCAAUACGAGUACGAUGCUUUUGCGUUCUUGCAUAACUGGAAUCCAUCAGCAAGAUCGAUCCGGACCACUUCAAAACGCUGAUGCCCGAGUGGAAACAGUACCUGAAGCAGUCCCUCCGGCAGGCCGGAACUUUGUGCCACAAGGAAUCCGGGUACAUCGCGGAAAUUGCGCAGGAAGUGGCGAUGAAGCAAAACUUGACCCUUUGGGUCGACGGGUCUUUGCACAACUACGAAUUUUACACGAAGAAAAUCGCGUACAUCCGGCAAAACUACCCGCAGUACAAAAUUGCGAUUUUGGCCAUCACCGCCAGCGACGAAAUUAUCGCGAACCGCUUGAAGAAACGCGCGAAGGAAACGGGGCGAGUCGUGCCCCCGGCGCGGGCCCGGACGGCGGCAAAAGCGCUAGCGGUGGCGGUGCCGAAGUUGAUAUGCAUCGCAAAAGCAUCGUACUGCUAGUAAUCGCAAUCACGCAUGCAUGACAAAGCUGCUUCUCAUUCUCAAGUGAAAUCUGCGUGACUUGUCAUGCUGAGAAAAUAGGUUGUCAUGCAAUCACUACUAGCGCGAUGCUUUUGUAAUGCAUACAUGAUCCCGUUGGUGGAUUUUUACGCGCGGAUUGAUAACGACGUGGAUAUUGUGGAUCAACAUCCUGCUCGUCUUCCGGGAGCUGCAACUUCAUCAUCUUCAACAACAUCGGGCCCACGCCUGGAUUACGUGGAGAUUGACGGGAAACCGGUGGAUUUAACCUUGCCGUCGCCGGGAUCACCUGUAGCUGGUGAUGGUUUGGAUGUUGGGAAGGACGAGGCUGUGAUGAGGGACAAAGAGCAAGGUGAAGCAGCAUCAAGUUGUGGGGAAAAAUUGAAAUCUAAUGAUCCGUGGAUGUGGAUAAAGCGUGUGCUGGCCACAAGAAGUUCGUGAGGGUGGUCCUCGUGUGGCCAUGCUGUGCUCUGAUGUAGUGCCAUCGUUUUUCAAUAAACCAGUAGCUUUCCACUCAACAGCUGUGGAUAUGGUCGAGCAAUGGCAACUUGCCUCCUGAGCAGCCUGACGUUGAACCUCCUCCUUUGGGGUUGAAUCAAUCUAAUUUUGGAGUGACAGGCUUCACUAUCACGCCGGGAGUGUUCGGGGCUUCUUGUUCUUCAUCUUGAAGCAAAACAAUAAAGAUCGAGGGCGGCUGCACGCCUGUCCAAGAGUUCUU